UCGGUUAUAGCCAAUUGUAUACCAGAGCGCCUCGUGUAAUAUGGCGUUAACCGAGGCAUUGCUGCUUAUUGCGGCCGGUUUGGGCGCCAUUUACCUGUGGUUCCAGCGCAAUCACAGUUAUUGGCAGCGAAAAGGCUUACCUUAUAUACCGCCGACACCGAUUAUAGGCAACACAAAGGCAGUAUUCAAGUUGGAGAACUCAUUUGGUUUGCAUUUAUCCGAGAUUUACAAUGAUCCUCGAAUGAAGAAUGAGGCUGUAGUGGGCAUGUAUUCGAUCAAUAAACCUGGUUUGGUCAUACGUGAUCCGGAGUUGGUUAAGUCUAUACUGAUCAAGGAUUUCAAUCGUUUCCACAACCGAUAUGGGCAAUGCGAUCCACAUGGCGAUCCUUUGGCCUCGAAUAACUUGUUCUUUGUACGGAAUAAUGCCUGGAAGGAGAUGCGGACCAAGUUAACUCCUGUCUUCACCAGUGGCAAGAUCAAACAGAUGUAUUCUCUGAUGUUAGAGAUUGCUGACGAUCUGGAGCUACAUUUAAGCAAAUAUCCCAACAAAUUUAUAACGGAAAUCAAAGAGGUGUGUGCCCAGUUUACUACUGAUACCAUAGCAUCCACCGCUUUUGGCAUUAGAGCCCAUAGCUUGCACAAUCCGGACGCAGAGUUCCGUUAUCAUGGAAGGAAACUGUUCACGUUUACGCUUUCUCGUGCCAAGGAUUUCUUUGUGGCCUUUUUUGUGCCCAAAUUGGUGGGGCUAUUCAGGAUUAAAUUCUUUGCACCUGAGUUUUCCCACUUCAUGAGAAGCACCAUCAGCCAUGUGAUCGAAGAUCGAGAGCGCACUGGUACAGUUCGAAACGACUUGAUCGACGUCUUUGUGGGUCUCCGCAAGGAGGCUGCUCAGGAACCCAAUAAGCCACAUUAUGCUCGUAAUAAGGACUUUUUGGUGGCGCAGGCAGGAUUGUUUUUCACAGCUGGAUUUGAGACCUCGUCCUCCACCAUGUCGUUUACCUUAUAUGAAAUGGCCAAGCAUCCAGAGCUACAGCAGCGUCUGCGUGACGAAAUCGUUGGGGCUCUUGUAGAAGAGGGGGGCAAGUUGUCCUAUGAGCGAAUCAAUUCACUUGAAUAUCUGUCAAUGGUGGUCGACGAAGUGCUUCGCUUAUAUCCGGUGUUGCCCUUCCUGGAUCGCGAAUAUAAAAGUGUCAAGGGUGAGCCUGACUGGUCUCUUAAACCAUAUUAUGACUUUAGUUUGGAGAAUGGUACGCCGGUGUUUAUUCCAAUUUAUGGACUGCAACGUGAUCCCAAGUACUGGCCAAACCCUAAUCAAUUCGAUCCCGAACGAUUUGCACCUGAAAACCGUAAAUCUAUUGAUACCAGAAUCUAUCAGCCUUUUGGUUCCGGUCCGCACAAUUGUAUUGGCAGUCGCAUUGGCUUGCUGCAGACCAAACUUGGAUUGGUGCACUUCCUCAAGAAUCACUAUGUGCGUACUUGUGCGGAUACAAUUAAGGAAAUGAAAUUCGAUCCCAAGGGAUUUGUCCUGCAGUCAUUGACGGGUAUACACCUAGAGACUGUCAAUGAUUGCCUUUACGAUGAGAAAGUGAAACAGUGA